CCCCGCAAUCCCCCCCAUUGGAGCUGUCGCCUGCGUCUUGUACUGUAAUCCCAUAUUCUUGGGUCAACUGUGGCACUGUGCACCUCUGUGACUUGUCGCCCAUUCACCACCCCCCAGGCUCCUCCACAUUCUAGCCCAUUAUGAAGUGCCGUUCUACGUCUCCGUUGCCUGCAGCUUGGCUGUCUGUGGUGGAUCCCUGCCUUCAGCUUUCCAUUCAAUAUUUAUACCACCACCAUCCUCAUGUCGACUGAAUGGAUGUUUUUUCUUGCAUCAUCAGCAGACUAAUACCAAAUCUCUCUCUCUCUCUCUUUAUCUCCUCUCUCUUCGCUAUCACUCUCCACUCCAAAACUUCGUGGCUGAUGGUUGUGAACUUGAACCUCUAAUCCCGGCAACUAUUAUUUAUUCGACGUUAUAGUCAACCACCUCACCCUUCGGUCGCACAGCCAUCAUGGUUCAGUCGCAAGAAAAGUACGACAUUGUCAUCGUGGGCGCUGGCCCCGUCGGCAUUCUUUUGUCGCUUUGCAUGUCUCGUUGGGGUUACAAGGUUAAGCAUAUCGACAACCGUCCGGUUCCCACCGCCACUGGCCGCGCCGAUGGUAUUCAGCCCCGCUCCACUGAGAUUCUCCGAAACUUGGGCUUGAAGCGCCAGAUUAUGGCCUAUGAGCCCGCCAAGGUUUACGAUGUCGCUUUCUGGGAUCCUCUGCCCGGCAACCAGGGUAUUCACCGCACCGGAAGCUGGCCCAGCUGCCCACGCUUCAUCGACACUAGAUAUCCCUUCACCACCCUUGUCCACCAGGGCAAGAUCGAGCGCGUCUUCCUCGAUGAGAUUCAGAAGGCCGGUACCACCGUCGACAGACCCUGGACCAUCGUUGGCUUUAAGAACGAUGGUCUGGACGAGACAUACCCAGUUGAAGUGCAGCUGAAGUGCAUUGACACCAACGUGAUCAAGACCGUCCGCAGCAAGUACCUCUUUAGCGGUGAAGGUGCUCGCAGCUUCGUCAGACAGGAGCUGGGCAUUCAGAUCCAUCACAAGGAUCCUAUUUCCUACGUCUGGGGUGUCAUGGACGGUGUUGUGAGGACUAAUUUCCCUGAUAUCGAGACUAAGUGCACGAUUCACUCCGAUGCCGGCUCCAUCAUGGUCAUUCCUCGUGAGGACAACAUGGUCCGUCUUUACGUUCAGAUUGCCUCGUCGACGGAUCCCGAUUUCAACCCUCGCAAGACUGCCACCGCCGAGGAAGUGCAGGAGACCGCUAAGAAGAUCUUGAAGCCCUACUGGGUUGAGUGGGACCGUGUUGAAUGGUACUCUGUCUACCCCAUUGGCCAGGGUAUCUCGGAACGGUAUACUCUGGACGAGCGGGUGUUCAUGGGCGGCGAUGCUUGCCACACUCACAGCCCUAAGGCUGGUCAGGGUAUGAACACCGCCUUCCACGAUGCCCUUAACAUGGCCUGGAAGAUCCACGCCGUUGAGUCCGGGUUGGCCAAGCGCGAAAUCCUCAAGACUUAUGAGAGCGAGCGCAAGGAUAUUGCUGAAACCCUUCUGAACUUCGAUAACAAAUACGCUGCUUUGUUCUCUAAGCGUCGCCCUACUGCCGGCGAAGUCGGUGAAGCCAGCCACAACGCCGCUACAGCUAACGCCGAGGAGGACCCGUUCGUCAAGACCUUCAAGGAGUCUUGCGAAUUCACCAGUGGCUACGGCGUUGCCUACAAGUCCAAUGUCUUCACAUGGGACGAGACUCAUCCCGCUCAAUCUCCUCUUUUCAACAUCCCUGGCGUGAAGCUGACCCCGGGUCGUGCCUUCACCCCCAGCACCGUCACCCGUCUGGCUGAUGCCAACUUUGUGGAACUGGAGCAAGAGAUUCCUGCCAAUGGUGCAUUCCGUAUCUUCAUUUUCGCCGGUAAACAGGCCAAGACCAACAAGGCUAUCGCGGACUUCGCUGCCAACUUGGAGAAGGAGCGCUCUUUCCUCUCGGUAUACCGCAGAAGCGACAUCGCUGAUGUCUCUUUCUUCGAGCGCCACCUUCCUCACUCUAAGCUGUUUUCCCUGUGUGUGAUCUAUGCCUCUGAGAAGAACCAGGUCGACAUGGCGGCUGUGCCUAAGAUCCUGCGGGAUUACCACCACCACAUCUACGCUGAUGACCUCCCCGACGUGCGGGUUCCCAACGCCAAGUUUGCUGCUCACGAGAAGCUUGGAUUCGACCCCGAGGUUGGCGGUGUUGUCGUCACCCGUCCCGACAGCCACGUUGCUUGCACUGUGCAAUUGGUGGAGGGCAGCGGCACCGUCGAUGCUCUCAAUGCCUUCUUUGGCUCUUUCUCUACGAAGCCACUGGGCCAGGACCAGCAGGCUAGCCGCCUGUAAGGGAUGGGUUUUGCAAUGCCUGUAAUUUAUGCUUAAAGAUUCUGCCCUUCCGCUUUCGGGUCCGAUGUAAAUAGUUUCCUUGUUACAUUUGGUUUUUGUUCACUUCAUUGCAGCGGUUGCGACCUGGCAUGGUUGGC